AUGUUGCCCAUACAGGAGGCUGGUUGCUGUCUGUUACGGAAAUUUACUUCAGAGAGUUACUAUAACAUACUGGUGCUGAAUGGUGUCCAUAAGGUGGUGGUGAAAGCAUGUGUCUCUUAUCCUAAGAAUGCCACAGUGCAGACCACUGGCCUUUCCUGCCUGAGCGCACUCGCCGAGUGUAUUGUACAAAAUGUAGGGCUGGAGGAGGACGAGGCAAAACAGAAAGAAGCCACCCAAGGGGAGGAAAUGCUUAUCUGGAGAGAGGCCUGUUAUACUGCUUUAGAGAGACAUGCUGACAAUCCUGCAGUGCAGGAAACUGUAUGUUGGGCUUUAAACAGCUUGCUGCUUCAUUACAACUCCUUCAACCAUGUGGAACUGGAAGGAAGACCUCCCCUUCAUUCUCUCAUCAUGGCUGCCAUGCUUUUGCAUUCAUCCAGUGUGGAGGUUUUCCAAGCUGCUUCCUGUACACUACUCACACUAAUACAGCGCCACAGUAGGAUAAGGGCCCUGCUGCUGUCACAUGGCAUUCAUGUCAACAUUGUGCAUCUGAUGCAGAAACACGCAAACUCCAGCGCUGUGUGUGAAAGAGCCUGCAAACUGCUUCACACACUCUUCCAGGGAGCGAGGGCCAGUCUAGAUGACGGGACCCUGAUGCUCGGUCAGAUCCUGACUGCUCUCAGGACACAUAACUUCAUUCCUGAAGUUCAGCUGGAGGGUCUCAGAGCCAGUUUAGUUCUCCUCAGUCCAGACAGGAGUUUAAGAGAGCAUGGCACCUCGGUGGCGGAUCCUGACACGGUGGACGUGUCCCUGCGAGUGCUGAAGAACCAGUGUGUACUAGAGGGAGCUCACACUGUCUAUCUACAGGCACUUAAUAGGUUUAUCAGUAGUGAGGAGAUUCAGGAGUGUGGACUUGGUGUGCUCUCGGCGCUAGCUGACUGUUCUGGAGCCGUUGACCUCAUGUGCCAGCAGGGAGCGAUAGAUACGGUUCUUCAUACGCUGCAGAUGUUUCCACAGGAGCGCGAAGUUCACUACUGGGGCCUUAGUCUUCUGUUUCACCUCAUCUCUAAGAAGAAGCUCUCUCGUAUGGUGGUGCCUGUACUGGCCUCAGUUUUGGUCAGCUCUGUACGGCAACACAAAGAGGACACUGUCAUGCUUCUAAAGGGUCUUCGGGCGGUGUGGAAGUUGUUGGACACCUGCUCGAGUGCCGCAGCAUGGCUGCAGAAAGAAGCCUUCGAGAAAGAAAUCUUCCAGAUCCUGCAGGAAAGUACAACAGACCAGCGCCGAGAUCCACUGCAGGGAAUGAGUUGCCUGUGCCUGUCUAAGAUGGUGGCGGACAGUGAGAUCCUGUACACGCUGCUGGACCGAGCGUGUGAGGACGGUGAUGUGGACAUGGCAGAAUGUCUCAUCCAGCUGGGUGCUGACAUCAACAAGAAAACAAAGAGCGAUUCACUUAUAUAUCAGGUGUGAUACAUAAACCUCAAUUCCUUAAAGGGACAGUUCACCCAAUAUGAAAAUUCUGUCAUUAAUAUCUCACCCCAUGUUGUUCCGAUCCUCUAAUGGUGGGUUCACACCAAAUGCGAAUUUAAUUGUUUGCGCAAGUAGAUACAAAGUACAUACAGAGUCAAUUCAAAGAUGCGAAUAUAGGAGAAUUUUUGGUGGAUAAUGCAAAAUGCACAACGCAUUUGCCACAAACACAUACUAUAUAAUUUAGUCAUGAUUAUUUUACUUUCUUUUAUGUAAAGCACUUUGAAUUACCAUUGUGUACGAAAUGUGCUUUAUAAAUAAACUUGCCUUGCCUAUAUUCGCCUCAAUCUUG